UGGCAAUUCUUAUUGUAACCGACGAAUUGCCGGACCAAACCCCACCACAACCGGAAGGCACGUUAAACUUUUCGAGGGGGUCAAAAUUGGCCAGAAGGUGCAAGUUCGACCGCUUCACCUGACGCAAAAAUCUCUCCUCACGACCGACUGAUCCACGACUGCAAUCUCUGCACCCUUUGCAAAGCUCUCGUCCAGAAUAACUUCCACACCGCCGCCAAAAUGGAGAACGACCGCCAUGAGAUCGUGGACCUCUACGUCCCGCGCAAGUGCAGCGCCACCAACCGCAUCAUCAAGGCCAAGGACCACGCUUCCGUCCAGAUCUCCAUCGCCAAGGUCGACGAGAACGGCCGUGCCGUCCAGGGCGAGAACCACACCUACGCCCUCUGCGGUUUCGUGCGCGCCAUGGGAGAGAGCGAUGAUGCCCUGAACCGUCUGGCCCAGCGCGAUGGUCUCGUCAAGAACGUCUGGAGCGGUGUGCGAUAAGUGCAUGUCGUGAAGGAUGGGGCAAUGACGAACAGGCUCGGUGUUCAGGGUAUUGGGCAGGGGGACAUAUGGAUGGACGCCACGACAUGGGGCACAGCAUGGC